AGUCACAGUCGGUCGCGCGAGGCGGCUACUCGAUUUUUUACUGAAUUCUAAAUUCGAAAGCAGAAAACAAAAUAUCAAGAGGAAAUAAAUUUACAAAAAAUACAGCGGGAUUUAUGCUUACACGAAACACAGAGAAGGAGAGGCGUGAGCUGGUGUCAUUGUUGUUGUUGCUGCUGCACCGCCCACUUCUUUUGUAAGGCGAACAAAGCGCGGCAAGGAACGGGAAUCGGGAACCGCGGGAUUCGGUAUCGGGAUUGUAUUAAAAAAACGUUAACGCGAACGAACAACAAAAGCCAGUACACUCCUUUGUAAAUGCAUUGCGUGCUAAUUAAUUGUGUUUUUUUGCACAAAGCUAAUGUGUCUUUGAUAGUGCCACCACUGUCUUGGGAAAUUUAAACGCACUCCGCCCCCGUGCUCCUGUUUUCCCCCCUACCCAUUACGUAUGCGUCAUAUGUAAAAGAGGGAAAAGGGCCAAAAAGGAGAGAGAGAGCGAGUGAGAGUGAAAGAGAGCAGAGCUACCAAAAGAAGCAGUGGCCACAACAAAAACAGAAACAAGCACAAGAAUUAGCAGCACAAAACAGAGCAACGGUUCAAAAUUUCAUUCUUUUGUUGCUUCUGCAGCUGUUUAUGCUGCCGGCUAUUUGUGUGUCCGCCACUGCGCAUGUGUAUGUGUGUGCGUGAGUGUCAACCCCCGCGUGAAAAGUUCAAUUUCCCCCCCUGCCCCUGUACGACAACGAAUUAAUUAAGACGCGAAUAAAAAAAAAAAAAACGUUUAAGAAAACGAAAUAGUUAUCCACGGAUCCCAAAUGAUCGUCGAGUGAAGGAAAAGUUCUCGUGUCUUCUCUCUUUUCAACCUAAAGAAAAAACAAGAGAAGAAGAAAAAGCCAAGAAAAAAAGAAAGAAAAUGUGUUCCACAUGUGUCGCCGGCCUGUGUCGGCUAGGCGUCCUGCUCGCACUAGUGUCGCUGGUCACCUGCAUCCUGGAUCUGCCGCCCCUUCCAGAGGAGCAUCAUUACUACCACCAGAAGAGGCCCGUUGACCUGCCGUCGACAGUCGAGCAGCUGGACAUGCGGACGCACAAGUCCUCCGGCAAAGCCAAGAGCGCCGUCUCCGAGGAUACAAUGUUCAAUUACCUCAUGCAGUUUGAUUAUCUGCCCAAGUCCGACCUGGAAACGGGUGCCCUGCGCACCGAGGAGCAGCUGAUAGAUGCAAUCCGUAGUCUCCAGUCUUUUGGCAACAUUCCAGUUACCGGCAAAAUCGACUCGGCAACGGCCCGGCUAAUACAGCAACCGCGCUGCGGUGUGGGCGACAAGAAGUACGCGUAUAAUUUCUCACCGGAUAAUCUAGAUCACGACGUGGUCUAUACCAGGGUGCGGCGUUACGUUCUCCAGGGACCCAAGUGGAGCAAAACGGAUCUAACAUGGAGCCUGGUCAACCAGACGAUGCCGGAUGCCUCCAAGGUCCGUAUGAUGGUGCAAAGGGCCCUCAAUGUUUGGGAAAGCAACUCGAAGCUCACGUUCCGCGAGGUGUACAGCGACCAGGCGGAUAUCCAGAUUCUGUUUGCAAGGCUCCAGCACGGCGAUGGCUAUAAAUUCGAUGGACCCGGCCAGGUGCUGGCCCACGCCUUCUAUCCCGGCGACGGGCGCGGCGGCGAUGCCCACUUCGAUGCGGACGAGACCUGGAACUACAAUCCGGACGAAAGCCGCGGAACCAAUUUUCUGAACGUGGCUUUGCACGAACUGGGUCACUCGCUGGGACUAGGCCACUCCUCGGACUCGAAUGCGGUCAUGUUCCCAUGGUACCAGAGCAACGAGGUGGACAACAAGCUGCCCGAUGACGAUCGCAACGGCAUCCAGGAGCUUUACGGCUCCAAGGAGAAGACCUGGGGCCCCUACAAGCCACCACCUACGCACACCACCACCACCACAACGACCACCACUAUGCGAACCCUAAGCUACAAGCCCGGCUUCAAUCCCAGCCGGGAUCCCAACAGGGAGCGGGAAAGGGACCUAAGGCGAGAGCGAGAACAGGCCGCUCGAAGACGAGCGGAACAGGAGCGAGCUGAACAAGAGCGAGCGGAGCAGGACCAGCGUCAGCGGGAGAGGCAGCGCAGGCUGGAGUGGGAGAGGGAAAGGGAGCGCCAGAACCGACAGAGGCAGGUGCAGCUGGAGCGAGAGCAGCGUGAACGAGAGCGUAACAAGAGCCGAGAGCGCCUAACCACCACGACCACGGUGAGACCCACUGCCAGGCCGUAUCCAAACGGUGGACACCGAUCCCAGGGCAGCCACCACAAGCCGCGGAAACCCAAGCCAGACAGCUGCAUGACCUACUACGAUGCCAUUUCCAUGAUCCGCGGGGAACUGUUCAUCUUCCGGGGACCCUUCCUUUGGCGCAUUGGAGCAAACGGCCUGUAUCGUGGCUAUCCCACAGAGACCCGAAGACACUGGGCUGCUCUGCCCGAGAACUUUACCAAGGUGGAUGCGGUCUACGAAAACAAACAGCGGCAGAUAGUGUUCUUUAUAGGUCGUCAGUAUUAUGUGUUCAACUCGGUGACUCUGGCUCCUGGCUACCCCAAGCCCUUGGUCAGCCUGGGCCUGCCUCCCACUCUCAACCACAUCGAUGCCUCUUUCGUGUGGGGUCACAACAAUCAGACUUAUUUGACCAGCGGCACUCUCUACUGGCGCAUUGACGACUACACCGGCCAGGUGGAGCAGGACUAUCCGCGGGACAUGAGCAUCUGGUCGGGAGUGGGCUAUAACAUCGAUGAUGCCUUCCAGUACAGCGACGGCAAGACGUACUUCUUCAAGAACCUGGGCUACUGGGAAUUCAACGAUGACCUCAUGAAGGUGGCCCAUGCCAGGGCAAAGUUGUCCUCCCGCAAGUGGAUGCAGUGUGCCCGAAGUGCCAACGAGGUGGAUGAUGAGGAGCGUUGGACAGCGCCAUUGGUUUCCGGGGAGAACGAUUCAGCGGAACGGAGUGCGGCAACCAGAGAGCAGGGAAUCAGUCUGUUCCUGCUGUGGUUGACCCUUUUCUCGGUCACCUUUUGGCGCAGUUAAGAUCGGAUUAAGGGUUUAGGCUUAGGAAUCCUUAGCAUUUAAGCGCCAUGGUUCGCCUCAUUCGGAUCCCUCAUUUUACAUAACAAAAAAUCGAUAGAUUAAGAAGAAAUAGAAAGGAUCUGCUAUGGAUUUUAAUGAUAUAUUAUUUAUAACCAGAGCAGAUCUUUUAGUAACUUUAUAGCAGAGCGCAACUGUGUGACAGUCUGGCGCUUGAUAGCCCCCAAGACGACACCGAGCGGCCUUCUCUUAGUUUUUAAGGCCAAAUAAAUCAACAUUUAAGUGAGAGUCCCCUCGAGGAAGGACUCUAAGACUCGAUUUAUUCAUGGACACUUGCCAAUUGUGCAUACUGGCGCCGUCUGUUGGACAUAUAGCAGGGCUGUUUUACCAGAUCUAUAAACAAUAUAAAUAUAUAUAUAAGAAAUAAAAGCAGAUUUAUACCAUUACUAUUAGCCUGCAUAAAUGUAGCAAUAAAUAAUGUCUUAAGUAUACAGAAAUUGCCGAAAUUCCACGAUGAAAUUCGGAACCGCAACUGCCUUAUAAAUAAGUAAUAGUAUUGCUUUUUAUUGACGAACAUAACCGUGUCUUAGCUGUGAGCGUUCCAACCGUUUGCUCCUCCUUUAUUAUUUUGUUUUUGACGAACCUUUCUAAUUAUUUAUAUAUGUAUAUGUAAAUGUGAUAUUAUCAUAAAUUCUGAGCGAUUGUAAACGAAAGAAAAACAACCCAGCAAAAAGCGAAAAACAAAACAUUUCGGUUAGCUUUUUUUUUAGUUUAAUUUACUUAAGAUACUCGAGCUGUAAACCAUCUUUUGAUAUGCAUUUUUAUCGAAAUAAAAUUUUACAGAUAAAUAAAAUAAAAAAAAACGAUUACUUUCGUCACAAAA